AUGUGGUUGACAUGGCUGAUUUUCUUUAUUUUUGAUCGCGAUCCACCAGACAAGAUUGUUGAAACGAACAGAAAAAUACAAGUUGGUAUCAUUUCUCCAUUAUUUCGCCGCUUUUCAUUUUGUCAAGAAGCUAUUCGAAAUUCAGAUAGCUUCCGCUGACUCAUUGGCGAUUUUCACUGUUGAGCCUGCUUCCGACUUUCUGCAGUUGCAAAACGGUUGUUGAUUUUAUCUUGUAUUCUGUAUGUGUAGAAUUUAGGAGGCAGAAAUAAAACCAAUGUCACGAGCGAGAUUAUCUUCUUGUCGCCUUUUGACGAUCCUGAUUACUUCAUCUAUCGUAUUGGUACUGCUUUCAAUGGAUUUUUCACCUGAAUAUGUAUGAAUACGAAAAGUUUAGAGCCAGUUAACAAAAAAAGAGUCACAAAUAUAAUUUUUUCUGCAAAUAAGACGGUAACAUAAAAAAUCGUUAAUACUUUUUUAAAACAAUUUUUCCUCCGAAGCUUUUUUUUAUUUUUGUGAAAGUCUUCUCUGAAUAUGUAUGAAUACGAAAAGCCGUAGUUUUUCAUGUUUUUGUUAAUUAUAUUACUUCGAAGAUAACAACGAUGACAACGACCAUGGUGGAGACGAUGGUGGAGCUGCUCAUGCUGAAAGAUGCGUAGAGGAAAUCUGGGCUAGCAGUGACGACGAAAUCGACUUAUUAGACCUCCUUUUUUGGGGCGAUGAUACCGACGAUGAUCUAACAGAGAACAUUUACGAUGAAGAGCUGUCAGGUAAUCUAGAAAAUUCCUAUUUUCGCUGAAAAUUUAGACGAGAUAAAGAUAAAUUCCAUGAGUUUUCAUAACAAACAUGAUACCAAAUUCAAUAAACUUUCCAGUAACAAGCUCAAGCGGCUCAUCUAUAUUUCAACUUCCUCAACAAGAGUACCAAGCGACUGAAGCAAGGGAAGACGAAGAUGGAGUGCCUUUUCGGAGGCUUUUUCGUGAGUUCAUGGAUAUUUUUAAAACCUAAAAUGGCUCUCAGUAUUAUGAUUCACAUCAGAACUUUUCGAAUUAUCGGAAUAAAAAAUGUUUUGAACCUUUUCGCGUGAACCACGUGGAGCUAAGAAAAAAUACUGACCAGUAUAGCCUGUGUACCACGACUUGGAAUUUCACCAAACGACAUUCCGCUGUGCCGCUGCGCGCCUUUGCAAACCUUGGUUGCGCUUUUAAUUUUUUUCUUCUAUCAAGGUUCUCUACUUUUAUGUGCUCUCACAGCAAUACAAAUAAAUUGAAAGCGUGACCUAGAUUCGGAAGAAGCUUCGCGAACGCACGCGGCAAAACAGCAGAAUUUCGUUCGGUGAAAUUUCAAGUCGUGUCACACAGACUUUAAGUAGUUUUAAAUCUUCAUUUUUUAGCCGUUGUGUCACUGAUUUAUGGAUUUACAUCUAAUAACGUUGCAAGUCAAAAUAAAAUCUAUAUUACGGUCAUAAUCAUUCAACACGUUCAAUAAGUUGAAAGCAGCUUAUGUCGGUCCUGUUUGUUUUUUUUUGUGGUUGAAAAUGACGAUAUCCAAUAUCCUCCUUGCGCUUCAAAAAACACAUUUAAUGCAAUGAACAUGUAUCGAAUUAAACAAACUUUCCAGGAAUAAGCUCACGCCAAUUUUCCACACCGUAUCAACCAUUUGAACAAGAAGAUGAAGUUGGGGAACCUUAUCAGAGACUUUUUCGUGAGUUCAUGGAACUUUUUUUUAAACCAAAAACAGCUUCCAAAUUUCAUGAAUCAAAUCAGAACUUUCCGAGUAUUUUGAAAAGCGACUUUUUUGAAAUUUCACUAGUUUUUAGAUGAUAAUUUAUCACCGUUUCAAAUCAUAAUAAAUUAUAUGUUACGGUCAUGUGACCAAAUUGGAAAACAAAUUUUUCAGAAAUCAACUCAAGUCGCUCUUCCGGAUCAGAUCGUUUUUUUGAAUCAUACUCAACGUCUGAAGACAGCGCAAUAGAAGAUGCAGAGAGAAUUUUCCGUGAGUUCAUGGAAUCUAUCCAAAAAAACAGCUUUUGUGCAAAAAGUAUUUGAUAAAAAUCAAAAUUAGAUCAAAGAUGAGUUACACGAGUUUCAAAACACAUUCCAAGCAAAUUUUACUACAUUGAACAAACUUUCCAGAAACGGUCUCAAGACGCUCUCUCAAUCGUGAAGCGCUUAAUCCAUUCCAAAGGUUUGAAGCAAGUUCAAGUGAAGAUGAAGAGAUGCAAGAUCGUGAGUUUGUGA